CGUAGAUAAAAACGUCAUUUAUGGACGGUUCGUAAAUUAUUUUUCUUAGCUUGUGUAUUAACUUCAUGCUAGAGCUGUGUGCAUCACCUAUACUUCUGCACUUUCAAACCAAUCAAAAGCGAAGAAGUUCUUAUAGCCAGUUGUUUCAAACAACAGCUCGUUAACAAUCAGAGAUAGUUGAUCGACAGAUGUUUUGAGUAGAACGUUACUCAAAUAAAAUUUGGUUUUAAUUUUAAAAAUGUUCAUUCUGCUAGUACUCUCCGUUCUAGUUUGUACAUUUCAAACCUGUUUCUCCGAGAUCGGAUGCCGUGAUGAAAGCAACAAUCUAGUUGAUUGGUACUAUCUCUAUAAACUACCUGAAGCAGCAGCAGAUCACCAUCCACCGAAGGAUGCAACCUCAGGACUGCACUAUGCAUUUAUUACAUCGCACGGUUCCACAGGAUGGCAAGUGUCCGAGAGAAAUGUGAACCAAAGUGAAAGCAUUCCUGGAAGAACGCUGAAACCUUUGCUAAAGGGUGGCAACGAUUUGUUGCGGAUUUUCUACAACGACGAGCCCCCAAAAGGAGAAACGGAUGGUUCCCGGGGGCACACCAAAGGGGUCAUCGCUACCGAUGGGAACACCGGGUUUUGGAUGAUUCAUUCGGUGCCAAAAUUUCCACCGAUGUUGAACGAGACCUACCACUAUCCAGACACUGGUAGAAUCUACGGUCAAAGCUUCCUUUGCGUAAGCGUGGGCGCAGAUCAGAUGGAAACUAUUGGACAACAGCUAGCCAUGAACGAACCACACGUUUACUCGUUCCACAUCCCGGAAGCAUUGAAAGAACGAUUCCCGAAGUUAGUUCACGCAACAGAGAUGAAGCCAAUCAAAAAGCCACCAUUCUGGAGUGCCGCCAAUUUGAAAUCGAUCGGUGGAACGAAGUUCCAUUCGUUCGCCAAAAGUCGUCAGUUCAAGAAAGAGCUCUACUCGGACUUCAUUGCGCCCUCGUUGCAAGUGGAUCUGCUGGUGGAAACUUGGCAGCAUGGGGCAGGGAACCUACCGAGCGAUUGCACGACCUCCCAGUGGAAGGUGAUGAACGUGAAGGAAGUGCGGGUGACCGAGCAGUAUCAGUUUGCAACGCUGAAAGAUCACUCCAAGUGGGCGGUUUCGGUUCCCGGGGAUCGAGAUUUUAUCUGCGUUGGGGACAUCAAUCGACAAGAGCAUCAGAAGGCCAGAGGGGGUGGAAGUGUAUGCAGUCAGCUGGACGGUAUUGUUCAGACCUAUCGAGUAAUGGUGGAAAACGUUGAAGCUUGCCCGAAGAGUGGGAAUUAAAACUAUUAUUAGGCGACACAGCGUUUAUAAUUGAAAUUAAGAACUUCUAUGAUCUCAUUUUGGAAUUGAGUUAUGAAUUAGAAAUUUGAAUAAAAAUAAUCCUAUACACGUAAAUUCACUAGAGUUCUACUUCUAACCACUCUCACUGUCCUUAUCAUAAUCUUUGAAAUUUCC